ACUUGUAUAUAUAUAUAUAUAUAGAAUUAAACAUAUUGUAAUUGUAUAUCUCUCUAUAUAUCUCUCGUCGUCGGUGCUAGCUACUACUUUGAUAUAUUCAUUUGCACAUGGACUCUCUCACCACUUCCGCCGGUACCGGAGAUCACACAACCAUACUCCACCUCAUCCAAGAAACCAACCAUGACCAUCUCUCCAAGAUUCAAGCAGCUAAAGACAUCCGCCGACUUACCAAAACCUCACAACGUUUCCGGCGACAGUUUUCCGAUGCCAUACCCCCGCUUGUUUCCAUGCUCCGGUCACCCUCCCUUGAUUUCAAGACAGCUGCUCUGUUAGCUCUCCUUAACCUUGCUGUCCAAGACGAAACAAACAAGAUCAGUAUUGUGGAUGCUGGAGUGUUAGAACCAAUUGUUGAUUUGUAUCAGUUGGGUAACUAUGGUAUGCAAGAACACGCAACGGCUGCAUUAGCCACACUGUCUGCAUCACUUGUUAAAAGGUCAACCAUUGGUGCUUCUGGCGCCAUACCAUUUCUUGUGGAAACUCUUGACCAGGGUACCCCACAAGCCAAGGUGGACGCCGUCAUGGCUCUUUUUAAUCUUUCAUCGGAGAACGACAACCUUAGUCUCAUCCUUCAAGCUGACCCUAUUCCUUAUUUAGUAAACAUCCUUAACAGUUCCAAAAAAUCCUCAAAAAUCUCAGAAAGAUGCACUGCUCUUCUUGAAUCUCUCGUUGGUUUUGAACAAGGACGGGUGUCUCUAACUUCAGAAGAAGGCGGUGUGCUUGCAGUUGUGGAGGUUCUCGAACGUGGGUCCCCUCAAAACCGUGAGCACGCAGUAGGGACACUUUUAACCAUGUGUCAAAGUGACCGGUGUAGAUAUAGGGAACCAAUACUUAGAGAAGGUGUGAUCCCAGGCCUCCUAGAGCUCACGGUUCAAGGCACCCCAGACUCUCAAACAAAAGCCCAUACACUUCUACGUUUAUUACGUGAAUCUCCAUACCCAAGAUCCGAACUUGAACCUGAUACCCUUGAGAACAUUGUAUGUGACAUUAUAUCACAGAUUGAGGGUGAGGAACAAUCUGGAAAUGCAAAGCAAAUGCUGGCAGAUAUGGUGCAAGUUAGUAUGGAACAGAGUUUAAGACAUUUGCAGCAACGGGCUUUAGUAUGCACUCCAUCUGAUUUACCACUUACUAGUAACUGUGCUUCUGAAGUUUAUUUCAAAUAAGUGAUUCGUUCGUGGAUUGAAUAUAUGACUUUGUGGGGUUUCUUGUUUUCUUUUACCACUCCGUGACCGUGAAUAUACUAUAUGAAAAUUGGGAGAUAGUUUUACAUAGUAAAAGGAAGCCAGUCCAGGCCCUGUGUGUUUGUUGGGUAUCAUGUGACUGGUAAGUGUUGAUAAAAAAUCCAGAAUUGUUGCUCAUCAUAAAAUUAAUGAACUUGUGUGUUUUUCAA